GCGUCCAAUUUGACAUCCCUGAUCCGUGCUUCCUCUCAUCCUCUUUCCCUCUCACAUCUCCUUCCUCUCGCCCUCUGGACCCAGAGACAGAGCACGAGCAGUAAUCGUCUCCUGUGUCGUUCGUUGCCCGUCGCUUACUCGUCACGCUCCCAUCUCCCCGAGUCUUCUUUCCGUCCUUUGUUAAGGUUUAACAAAUCCAUGGGGGCCCGCAAAGAAACGUUUCGCUGGGGAGAUGCGGAAGAGGAAGAGGAGGGAUUAGAUUCCGUCCUCCCGCCGUCGCAGGUGAUCGGUCCCGACGAGAAGGGGAUUAAGAUCGUUAUCGAGUGGCGUCUUAACGACGAAGGUCAGCGCGUGAAGGUGACGAAGAAGAUACGCGUUAAGAAGCAACUCAAGAAGCUGAAGCCUGAAGUCAUUCGCCGCCGCGGCCUGAAGAAAUUCGGCGACGCGAUCGGACAGGUCGGCUCGGACUUGUUCACCAUGGUCUCGACGGAGGAGAUUUUCCUCGAGCGCCCCAACCAGGCGCAGUCGAAGCAGGAGGAGCAGGCCAAACCCUCCGGCGAUCUCGCGGCGAUCGGGAGCGCGUCGCUCAUGGUUUGCCGCAUCUGCGGGAAGAAGGGCGACCACUGGACGUCCAAGUGCCCCUUCAAGGACCUCGCCGCCGCGCGCGGGCUCGCGGUGGGGGAGAAGUUCGACGAGGACGGCGCAACGCCCUCGGCGUCCGCCGCGCCGUCGGGGAAGACGUCGUACGUUCCGCCGUCGCUGCGCGCGGGCGGCGCGGCGUCGCGCGCGGGCGAGGACAGCGGCGGCGGCGGGAGGCGCGGAGGGCGGGAUGACUCGAACUCGGUGCGCGUCACGAACCUGUCGGAGGACACGCGCGAGCAGGACCUUCAGGAGCUCUUCGGCCCGUUCGGGCCGGUCUCGCGCAUCUACGUGGCGUUCGACCGCGAGACGGGGCUCAGCAGGGGGUUCGCGUUCAUCAACUUCAUCAACAGGGAGGAUGCUGUUCGUGCAAUCAACAAGCUCGAUGGUUACGGUUACGACAAUCUCAUUCUGCGUGUAGAGUGGGCAACACCUCGAGCAGAUCGCGGCUAGAAUUUACCUUCUCCUUUUUAUGCAUCCUCCAUGCAUCUACUACACUUGCACCGCUUCGUCUUCCCAACUAUCGUAGUACCAGUAUGCGCAUCUAAGAUGGACCAGUGUCCCUGUAGGAGAGUGUCCUGUGUUUGGCAAGAGGCUGUCACCUGGUUUCCAAAUUUACAGCCAGUGUGACCCAUGCCUUUCUUCAGCUAUGUGAAACGCCAGCUGAAAUUUUUGUAUGUACCGGACAUCCAAUAGGUGAAUUGCAGAAAGCAUGUAUCCUGUAGCCAGCAUGCA